AACCGAGGCCGAAGGCUCUGGCAGCAAUGGCAAACCGAGGAGCCGCCUUGAAAGCCGCGACCAAUUCAUUAGCCGGCCCACAUUGAUAAGCCACAGAACCGUAUACUAAUUUCAAGCCGUACCAAAUGGUUGGUGAUAUACUCGAUGAUCACUUUGCAUGGACUUUCACACCAAUGCGGUUGAUACACCUAAGCCUAUUGCUGACUGUUCUACUCCUGGCAGUGAGAUUUUCCAAUGGAACCAAAUUGAAACGCUUUUUUCGAAGGGCUGCACCGCAGCCUUUGGUAUCUUCAUUUGAAGUGAAAAAGUGCCCCAAAAUUAAGACCCUGAAGCACGUAAAUAAGCAACGAUUGUUAGGGGUUUGGUUCGCCUAUGCUACAACACCUCUAGACUUGCCCGUCUACCAGCGUCGCUGUGCCUCAUACAAUGUGCAAAACAGCCCUUACUUUAACACCAAUGUCCUGUACACGGACUACAACCACAUCCUUAUAACCUACGCUUGCACGCGCAAUGAUCAGACCAUGAUGUAUAAUGUGAAACUGCGGCUUCUGACCCGCACGCGCACUCCGUUGGGAAAAAGGUUAGACGAUGCCCUCGUUUUUUUGGAGUCAAUCGCAUUUCCCGUCGAAAAACUUGACUUUCUCAAGGCGGAAGCGUUCUGUUUCGAGUGGUACAUACUAAACUACCACGUUAAGCCUAGACCCGGACGACACAAUGCCCCAACGAACUUCGUUUGGGAUCAUUAGUGAAGUCGACGAUGACAGCACGAAAUAAUGGCAUAACUGUCGCUAAUUAUUACAACAUAAUCAAUGAUUAAAGGAGCUGCGGGGAUGGGGGAAAUCGUAUAA